GCCCCCGGUGUGAGCUGGUUUGAACGGGGCUGCGGUGGUGAAAACUCAGCUCCCGGGUCCGGAUCCCUCCCUCUCUGCCUCUGUCCGCCUGUCAGGCUGCUGCUGCUCUCUCCCUGCACGCUGCACACCUCCACGAAACAACCAUGUCCGACAAACUGCAAUACAAAGUUGCCGACAUCAGCCUGGCUGAAUGGGGGCGCAAGGCCAUCGACAUUGCAGAGAACGAGAUGCCCGGCUUGAUGAAGAUGAGGGAGUUGUACGGAGAGUCCAAGCCCUUGAAGGGAUCUCGUAUCGCUGGCUGCCUUCACAUGACCCUACAGACUGCUGUGCUUAUCGAAACCCUCACUGCUCUGGGGGCUGAGGUACAGUGGUCGAGCUGUAACAUCUUCUCCACUCAGGACCACGCCGCAGCUGCCAUUGCUAAAUCUGGCGUCCCAGUGUAUGCGUGGAAAGGGGAAACGGAUGAGGAGUACGUGUGGUGCAUUGAGCAGACCAUUUACUUCAGGGACGGACAACCCCUCAACAUGAUCCUGGACGACGGAGGAGACCUCACCAACUUGGUGCACACCAAGUACCCCCAACUACUUGCAGGAAUCCGUGGUGUGUCUGAGGAGACCACGACAGGAGUCCACAACCUGUACAAGAUGAUGAAGACUGGAGACCUGAAGAUUCCGGCCAUCAACGUCAAUGACUCUGUUACUAAGAGUAAGUUUGAUAACCUGUACGGCUGCCGUGAGUCCCUGAUCGAUGGUAUCAAGCGGGCCACAGAUGUGAUGAUUGCGGGGAAAGUGGCUGUGGUGGCUGGGUAUGGAGACGUGGGCAAAGGUUGUGUGCAGGCCCUCAGGGGGUUCGGAGCCAGGGUCAUCGUCACAGAGAUCGACCCCAUCAACGCUCUGCAGGCUGCCAUGGAGGGUUAUGAGGUGACCACGAUGGAUGAGGCCUGCAAAGAGGGAAACAUUUUUGUCACCACCACCGGCUGUGAGGACAUCAUUCUGGGACAUCAUUUUGAGCAAAUGAAGGAUGACUCCAUCGUGUGCAACAUCGGACACUUCGACUGCGAAAUCGACGUGAGCUGGCUCAACAAGAACGCUGCCGAAAAGAUCAACGUCAAGCCACAGGUGGACCGUUACCGUCUGAAAAACGGCCGCCAUGUCAUCAUUUUGGCUGAGGGUCGUCUGGUCAAUCUGGGCUGUGCCAUGGGCCACCCCUCCUUUGUCAUGAGCAACUCUUUCACCAACCAGGUUCUGGCUCAGAUUGAGUUGUGGACAAACACUGACAAAUACCCUGUUGGAGUUUACUUCCUGCCAAAGAGGCUGGACGAGCAGGUAGCAGCAGCUCAUCUGGACAAACUGGGCGUGAAGCUCACCAAGCUGACGGACAAACAGGCCAAAUACCUGGGACUGCCCAAAGAGGGACCCUUCAAACCGGACCACUACCGCUACUGAGCACCCCCUCCCCGGAAACUACUAGAAGUACCAUCAACCAGAGGAGAGGGAGAGGAGAGAGACGUGAGGCAGGGCCAGAGGGACACUACAGGGACGGGGGAAGAGCAAAAAUGUGCAUUACGUUUAUUUUAGUCAAAUCAAGGUUGGACAAAAUGUUAUUGGUCAUAGAUUAUAUAAUGAUGCUUUUCGAUGAGAAAAAAUUUGAAAAUAAACUGUCAUAGUAUUUGAAUAUUGAAAUGUGUAGUCUAUGUUACACAAUGCAUCUUUGAUAAAAUGCAUCUUUGCCAAGAAUGUUCCACAGGGUUUCACAGCAUUAUGGCAUUAAACUACCAAUGUUGCUUUAUGUGGGGAAAAAAACGUACAAUGGAAAAGCAUGAUUUUGACUGUGACCUCUCCACGGAUCUGACUUGUAACUUGUCAUGCCAUUAAACCUAACCUGGUAAGCAGUUGGUGUAACCAGGACAUGUAGAUGACUCAGAAUACACAAGGAAAAAUCCACAGUGUGCCUUUAAUUAUGGCCAAUCAUUGCAAAGUUCUGGUAUGUCAAAUUUACUACUAUGACUAUUCUAUUUAAGCUUGAGGCAAAAAAUCAAGUUGUCAUUCGAGCUCAUUUUUCUGGCAGCCACAAAAAUGCUAACCGCAAUUUUGCUCAGGCUGGUGACAUCUCAUGACAUACAAAAAUAUAUUUGGAACAUGAAAAGUUUUAAAGCGGUUAUUUUCUGCUAAAAUGCAAGACUUGGUUUCAUAACUUUGUGUAUCUAGUUCUAGCAUGGUAAAAAAAUCUAGACAAUUUAAAUUGUUACCUUUUCCAACUUGCUCUGGCCAUUCACUUUGUCUCUCCACCCAUCCCUCCCUCGUCUUUGAUACAUUUCAUUCCCUGAGGAUCUAAGUGAGCUUUUUCAGAAACUGAUUGGCGUUGUUGCUUUUGGUUACACUGGUUUAACAAAAAGCACUUAAAUUGAGAUAACGAAAGCUGCUUCUCCAAUGAAUUUCAAAACGCCAAAGCUCAGUUUAAGGUGAUUUUUAAAAAGUCUUAUAUUUUGUUUUUUUCUUUUAUGUAAUUAUUUAAUUUGACUUGAAGGGCCAAAAUUGCGGUGCCCCUCCUUUAGAAUCUUGAGCAAAUCGGAUACUGUUGCUGGGUGUGGACGCUAGGGGGCGGUGUUGAGUUAGUUUCAAACGGUUACAGUGGGGUUCAGAGAUCAACUGUUGAUGUAGCUUGAUGAAGUGUGGAAUAAAAGUGUUGACUCUAACUGU